CUGCUAUUCGAUCGGACGGUGGAAAACUGAACAGACCACAAUCUCUAGAAAAGGCAAAACUACUAGAUUCUGUCCCAAUCUGAGCCCAUUUCGUUCUUAUCUCUUACGCCGACUUCACUUCCUCAUCAUCACUCCACUUGACUCUUGUAAUUGUAAUGGCAGAAUCGGACCCACCGGAAAGCCCAAUCAACGCCGCCACAAUUCCACCGCCUUCAACCGCCACCACCGCCGCCGCCGCCGCAAUAGUACCAGCUGCGGCCGCGAUCACCAUCACCACCACCACCAAUAACAACCACAGCCUCGGGCCAAGUUUAGCCCCAAAGCGGCAGCGCCGACCAAGUGUCCGACUAGGCGAGAUCGGCGAUCAACCGGGUCGACCGAAGCACUGGAGGUUUCACAAAGAACCUAAUUUAGCUGCCAAAUCCUCAAAAACUCGACCUUUGACCAACCUCGUUAAUGGCGGAGUCGAAACCCUAAAACAGACCGAGGACAAUCUCGAUUUCGGGUACCGAAAGCAGAAAUCGAAGAGACCGCAAGCGAAGAGAGUGAGGACGAAUUGGACUCUGUCAACGAAGAUCGAUAACGGUGCUGAAGGAGACAGUAGAGAAGAGGAGUUUAGGGAUUUCGAAGCUGAAGAAGGUUCGGAGAGUCCGUUUAAAGAACAGAGUCCGAUUCAUUCGAUUGACAAUGUUGGGCUCGAUUUCUGGAAUCGGAGGACGGGUAGGGCUAGGGUUUCGGAGAGUAGGGAUCGGGAACAGGAUGAGGGAAUUCCGGAAUCCGAUUCGAGGGAUCGGAAAUGCGGGACGAGUAGAGAUGGGAAUUUUGGGAGUGGAGGAAGUGAGAGGGGAAGGAAUUGGUCUCUUGAUGAUGGGGUGAGGAAUUGGCUCAUUGGAUUGGGAUUGGGCCGGUAUGCGCCGGUUUUCGAGAUUCAUGAGGUGGAUGAUGAAGUUUUGCCUAUGUUGACAUUGGAGGACCUCAAAGAUAUGGGAAUAAAUGCAGUCGGUUCGAGACGGAAAAUGUAUGCUGCAAUUCAAAAGCUUCCCAAGGGAUAUUCCUGAGAUUUGAUAAUGAUCUUUGAGCAAACCAGAAUUCAUUACACUAUAAGUCAAUUUGACAACUUUCUUAGCUUGUGUGGAUUUAAAAUAUUUUCUUCCAAUUUCAACUUUGCAGUGGUUUCCAGAAUCACCAUUAUUGGCAUUUAUUCAGCCAGUUUCUUUCUAAUUUUGGCAGUCUGCAUUGAGUACCCAAUUGGGGAGUAGUACUGGAAUACAGUUUGUGCUUUGGCUUAUGCUCCCAUUUAGGUAUUAUUCUCCUGAACCAGGUGCUAGUGGCAGAAAUGAGGUCAAGAGACAUGUGCAUAUGUUUAGUUCUUAUAAGAAGGUAAAGCACUUACAACAAGUGAAUAAACAUGUAUCGAGGUAGGCUGAUGUACACCAUAACUCAUGACAAUGCUAAAUUCAGUAGGUUUAUGAUUUGUUUGACUAGAGUGUUUACAUAUAUUUCAAUGUACGGUAUUUGAUUUGAGUUUUUUUAUUUUCUGAGAUGUUUAGUUCAUAUAAGAAGGUAAAGUUCUUGUAAGUGAAUAAACAUGUAUUAAGGUAGGCUGAUGUACACCAUAAAUUGAGUAUUUACAUAUAUUUCAAGUGUGUCAUAUGUGACUUAAGCUUUUAAUUUUCUGAAAGUUGAGCGUUCAUGUUACUUUAGUUCUAGGUGCUUUAACUUUCUAAUCAUUUAAUCUCAUUAUGCGAGUGUAUAAUCUAGGUGUCUAUAUUUAUAUGCAUGUAGGUCAGUGUCAUUGCCUUUUUAAUUUUGGGCAGUGAUAUGACCCUUCAUAGUUCAUGGGGAUGCUCUGAACUUAUAGAUUCUUUAGCUAAAGCUUAUUUGUGGUUCUCAUUUUUCUCUUCCUUUCUGAUUUCAAUAAUUUGUGCUUGUCAUGUGUUCUGGUUUUUGCAACUAACUUCUGCAGCUUGUUGGGUCGUGCGCUGCUAUCUGUUACAUGGCGAUUUGGGUUGGAUACACAGACAUGCACUUAAUCUUUGGUGUUUCUAUGACUUUGGAGCGUGUGGCUCAGCAGGGAGAGCUGAAUAAUCAGUUGAAGCAGUAGCUCUGGAAGUUCUAGGUAUGCUAUUCCAGUCUAUAUCUCUCUACCAAUGAUAGGAAUUGCCACUUCUUUUGUAACUGACUUUAGAUACUCAGUAUGAUAGUUUUAUCAGUUUCUCAUCCUUAAGAUGUUCUAGCCAAUUCUUAUUCAAGCUUUGAAACUUGAUGUUGUUGAUGAAUAUUUUUUUAGAUUGUGAAUGUUUUAUUCA